AUGGGCUGGUUUGGUAUUUGCCUGACAUCCUUUCAGGAGCACGCUAGGUAUGUGACUAUGGCCGCUGGGUGUACAAUCUCAAACCCUGUUCAGUUGCAGAUCUGGAAGUUCCUCAAAAUUCUUGAAUCAGCUUUGACGAUAGACGACAAGGCUACUACUAACUGGAGGAAUCAUAAAAUGCACUACAGGCCUGCAGAGCAAUGUCAACAACUCAAGCCCGGGACCUCUUCCAAGUUCAAGCUUGAAGUCAGCGUGCAAAUGAAGCGUGGCGCCGUUGGGGCGCAGUGGAGCCUGGAAAUGCAAGAGUCAUCUGCUUUGAUUGGCGCCAUCCUGAGUAUCAUACAUCCACAACUUUAUGAGCAGGGAAUGGAGGCACUCCACCGCCUCGAGACAGAAAAUGGGUUUGUGGAUGAUGAGGAAGAAUUGUACAUGGCGCUGAAGCAUUGGACUCCCCCUUUCAGCGCCUUGUCAGUGAUUAGCAACCGGUCAACACCAGUACACCGUGACACCAAAGGGUGCAAUGAGUGGAUUGAUGUCCUAGUGCCUUUGGGAGAGAAAGACUUGACUGGAAUCAUGGAUUUCCUGGGUUUAGGCAUAUCCAUCAAGUACAACCCAUCGACAAUAGUUGGGGUUGCUGGCAAAGUGAUCUCACAUGGGGCAGUGUUUGAAGGGGGAGAAAGGGGGUGCAUUUCAUACUACAUGCGCAAUAAAGUUCAUGAGAGGUUAGGAGUUCCAGCGGGCACAUGGAUGAACACCAAGCUAGCGCCUGUUGGUCACAAUGGCGCUGGCGCCUCUUCGUCAAAAUGGCGCUGGCGCCUCUUCGUCAACAUGGUGCUGGCGCCUCUUCGUCAACAUGGUGCUGGCGCCUCUUAG